CAAGCCAGCAGCCAGCCCAUCUUCUUAGACUUCUUGUUUUUAACUAAAAUCCCAAAUCCCUUCUCCGACAACAGGCCCUUUCUCGUCGGUGAAGAGAGAGACAGCAUCGUGGUCUAAUGGUCUUGUUUCAGACAUCGUAACUCUCGCUCACUCUAUCCUCAGAAAUUUCCCCCUCGAAAACUCGAAGAUGUUAUCCUUGGCAAUUCAAUCUGGUUUUAGCAGUGUUUUCGCUCAAUCCCCAUUUCCUUGCCAGACCCUCACUUGCAAGAGAAUUAAAACUAGCAUUUUCAUUAAUCCCAAUCCAAAUCUAUUUCACUCUUCAGCCAUAAUUGACUCAAAAAUCAAACUCAUUUCCAGAAACCAAAGACUAAUUGGUUUUGCAGCCCUAGAAGCUCCGGCAGCUGAAACAAUCAAUGAAGCAGAAGAACCCACGGAAGUGAAAGAAGAACCAAUCCCCAUCCAAGAAACUGAGAAAGUUGAAGUGUCGGUGAAGCAAGUUGAGAAGCCAAGGCUGGUGUUGAAGUUCAUAUGGAUGGAGAAGAACAUUGGGCUGGCUCUUGAUCAGGUAAUUCCUGGACAUGGUACUGUUCCCUUGAGUCCAUACUACUUUUGGCCAAGAAAGGAUGCAUGGGAAGAGCUCAAGACCACUCUAGAGAGCAAACCAUGGAUAUCCCAGAAGAAGAUGAUUAUACUUCUCAAUCAAGCCACUGAUAUCAUCAAUUUGUGGCAACAAAGUGGUGGCAAUCUUACCACAUAAUGGACCAGACAUAUUGGUUUAUUUUACAGUUAAUUGUUAGUUUUUAGUGUUGAGUUGGCUAAUUUGCUUAAGGAUAUCCUUUUGAAACUCUGGUCCUAAUAUACUUGAGUAAUGAAUUAUGUUCAUGGAA